UCCCUCCAGCCCAUGAGUUCCCUGCACUCACUCUCUCACUCACUCACUCUGUGCUUGAGUUUGUUUGUAAGUGAGUGUGUGUGAAGUCGUUUGUCAUGGAAGGAUCGCGGGCCCUCCUCCAACUUCCAGCUUCGGUGACCGCAUUCAUGAUGCUGCUUGGUUGGUAUUUAUGUAUUUUUCUCUCUCUUUUGUUUGGUUUGGUUUAAUAAGGAAAAGCCCAACUGCUUUUGCAAUGUGAAAAAAGGAUGCGUAUGCGGCUAGACUGUAGGACAUGGCGGAAGAAAGUGGUGGAAGGGCUGGCAACCAGUAGGGACUGCAGCCAAAUAGCAGGUUGACCAAAGGGGAGGAGAAGCGUCAGGAUGGGAAGGAUAGCUUUUUCCACGAGGAGGAGCUUCUGAGAGCUUAGGCCAUGCCUCGCAACGAUAAAAGGGGGAAAAAGCCAGCUGCAGCGACAUGGGAGAAAAAAGAGCGAGGGAAGGAAGAAGCGAUGAUAAGAUAUGUGGAUGCCAGGACGUUAGAAACAACAAGCACGACGGGGUCAACCUAGAGGUGAAAGGAGCUCCACGAGCCCACGCCCCGGGAGUUACUAAGAAGAACCCACCACGGCCCCUUUUCUCCGUGGGCUUUUUGAGCAAGCCAGUGUGGCAUGGCACAGCGGGGACCGAUGACGGGCGAAGAGGAGAGGAGAUGGUCGCCGAUCCAUGGAAGAAGAAGCUGCGCAUCCUUAACGUUUGAUGAUGGGACCCGGGAAUGGGAGGAGGAUGUUGGAUGAAUGGUGGAAUAGUUUGGCGGCGAAUCCUCCAUGUGCUCUUGGAUUGGGGUUCUAAAUAAAGGGCGAAUGAGAGUCGAUUUGGGAGGAGCCAUUGAUAGAUUAUAGGAGGUAGGGCUGGAAAUAGGAGGUGUGAUGGAAGUGAGCGUUGGUCGAUGGAGGGGGGUCAGGCCAUUGUCCACGAAUUGGACAAGAGUAGAUGCUGGACCUGAGAAACAUGCCCGAUGACGAAUGGGUCAGUGGAUGAGAUGAGAGAGAGAGAGGGGAAAAGAGAGAAAGAGAGAGUCGGAGAGGGACAGAGAAAGAGAAAGAGAGAGCGAGCGAGGGUGGACUUCUGUACUUCUAGGUUUAUCAGAGUUGUUGCCUUGAGAGUGGUUCGUGGUUGUGUGACGAUGGUGAAUUGUGACGUUAGGGUGAAGUGGAAGGUGAGGUAUGGUGGGCUGGGGUGGUGAGGGAUUCUUGCAGAGGAGAUGAUGGAUGGGUUUAAAGGGCAGGGAUGAUUUUGGCGAAUUCUGGAGUCUGUUGAGCGUUGCUGGGUUGGCUUGUGCAUCACCAGGACUAGGGCAGAACUAUGGUGAUCUAAUAGUUGGGGAUCAUUGAGUGGCCGUGGCGAGUGUUUACGGAACUUCUAUGGAGCGGUGCAGCAAGGGGGCUCUGAAGUUCUGUAAUAGUUUCGUCCUGUGCUAAUCGCGGUGUCGCGGUGCUAGUGCGCAAAGAACACUUGGUAUAAUCUUAAAGUCCACAAUGCAAGAUAGCCCAAAUUGCUUCCGGAAAACGAGGGGAGCCGUUGUUGAAACUUUGUGGUUAGGAUGAAUGGAGAUAGAGAAGAAUUAUGGUGUCUGGCAACAAAACAAUUCUCUCGCAGUGGAAGCGGCGUUUCUGGAAUUCGGGAGUGCUGGUGUUGGGAUUCGCAGUAGUUGGGGCUUCAGGUUCUUGAUGGGAAUAGCCCGAUCUAAGUAAAUGGGCAGCGAGGUGCUAUAUUCCCUUGCGAAGAUGGUGAAUGUGCCAGCUGCACAGGGGCCAUGGGUGGGGUUUGCGCGCCCAGUAACUCCUGGCAGUGGAGGACGACUUACUACGGAUCUUCCAGCGACUGGAGCCAUUGGAAAGCAGAGCUUUCCCAAAGAGGGCACUUUUAUUGAUUCUGAUCAUUUCAUGGAGCUUUUGGAGCGCAGCGGUUCGGGUGACUCUCAUCUAGCAUCUCUCAUGCGACUGUACGAGGAUCGACAGGUCAAUGCUGUUAAUCUCCUCAAGCAGCAGCUUGAAACACUAAACUCAGCUCGAUUGGAAGCCGAACGGCGUCAGACCCAGAUCAUGGAGGAAAACUUUUAUGAGCCCAUGUAUGCUGUUGGCGAGGGGUCCACCCUCAGUGAAGACAGCCCUAGAUACGAACACUAUCUUGGCGACGAUGGCCCUGGGUCGUGGAGCUCUGUUCCUGGGAGCGAUACCUGCUCACUGGAGAUGGAAGGAGAUAGUUUUGGUCCUGCUGAGUACUGGCGAGAUCGUGCGCGUAGUUACGCCAAACUCUUGACGGAUAGCAUUCGGAGAGAGGAGCAACUGGUUGAAAAGUUGAAUGAGUAUGCCUCGAUGCCUCCCUCGAAUUGGCAGCCUAUUGAAGAACUUCGCACGCAUCUUCACCGUUUUGAUAAUUUUUUGCGAUUUUCCUUGAGGAAAGCUCCAAUCGUAAUUGGACAUCAGGACAACGACUUGCGGCAUCGAUUUAUCUACAACGCCUUUCCCACAUUGUCAGAAGAGGAAGUGAUUGGGAAGACCGAUUUAGAGAUAUUCAGGGGAUCUGGAGUGGCGGAGGUGAUGGAUUUCAAGCGUGAGGUUAUUCGGAAGGGUCGUCCUGAGAAACGCGAAAUUCAUUUCAACACAGACCUCUUUGGUGAAAAAACAUUUUUGGUUGCUGUGGAACCUGUGCUGAGUCAGUCAGGAGAAGCGAUGGGCAUCAAUUAUGUUGCCAUGGAUGUUAGUGAACAGGUAGACAAGCGUGAACGAAUUUCCCGCCUUCGCGAGCAAGUGGCUGUGCAGAAGGCUAUGGAGGCCGAGCUACACAAAACUAUCCAUAUCACCGAAGAAGCAAUGCGGGCAAAGCAGAUGCUGGCGACGAUGUCGCACGAAAUCCGUUCCCCCUUGUCUGGCGUAGUCAGUAUGGCCGAGGUCUUGGCCACUACACAGCUUGACGAGGAACAGCGGCAGCUGGUUGAUGUGAUGGUGUCGUCUGGUGACCUUGUUUUGCAGCUAAUUAACGACAUCCUAGAUCUUUCUAAGGUUCAGUCUGGGGCAAUGAAAUUUGAGGCAAAAAAAUUUCGACCACGUGAGGUCGUGAAGCACGUGUUGCAAAUGGCUCUCGCUAACACGCAAUCCAAGAACCUCAUCCUAGAAGGACGAAUUUACGAUGAUGUCCCGCUUGAGGUCAUUGGGGACGUUUUGCGGAUUCGUCAAGUUUUCACCAAUCUAGUUGGUAACGCCAUCAAGUUCACACAUGAAGGAAAUGUGACGAUAAGUGUGCGUGUGGUCCCGCCUCCCCCUCCUUCCAUAGAACGAGCAGCCAAGAAUGUUUUUCACGCAGCUACUGGGAUUUCUGCAACUGCUUUAAGCCAUUUAGCACCGUCCACUGGAACUCUACCUGGUAGUCCAAUACCAAGUUCUUCUCUGAUGGCCUCACACCAUGAAGCAAGUGAAACUGCAGUGAAUUUAAAUUCUACUGGUAACAAUUUACAUCCGUCAAGCGUUCAAUCGACUCCUGACCGUGAGGAACCUGCAGUGGACGAAGGGGUUGAGGAUACUGUUUGGUUACUUUGUGAAGUUUCCGACUCCGGUAUUGGCAUCCCAGAAUCAGCGCUUCCGACAUUGUUUGAGAAGUAUACCCAGGUUAGUGCUACUCAUGCGCGGAAGUAUGGCGGCACUGGAUUGGGCUUAGCUAUCUGCAAAAAUCUGGUGGAGUUGAUGGGCGGAAACCUGACAGUUGUGAGUAAAGAAAAUCACGGUUCGACGUUCUCCUUCGCCCUACCUUUAAGAGUACAUCCAGAGAGGUCUAUGAGUUCAGGUCGACUUAGUGAUGAGGUUUAUGAGAUGAUGACGAAGGAGGCGAGAACGGAGGGUGUCAAUGAUAGAUUGGCAUCAUCAAAAAUGGUUGGUUACUACCAUUUUACAUCGAAAGUUGCGUCGAAACCUCCAAGUCCAUCUUCAAGUCCACCCAUUUCACGCAGCCGUUGUAGCUCAUUAUCGGUUGAUGUGUCCACUCAAUCAAGCUCUCAACAGAGAACCAAGAGCGCAUCAAAAAGUCGUGACGGUCAUGCACCUUUAAACCGUCGAAAAACAACUUCGGGAAAGCCAGUUGCCUUAGGAUUUUUCCAAGACGGAUCACCGGAGUUUAUGGACGUCGACUCAAAGGCACUCGACCGUAUGGAGUACAUACCUGGCUUAUCUAUUCCAGGGUCCCAAAGUCCAGCACCUCCUGUAUCAAAGCACAUCAUAGACGGGUCUUCAUCCCGUACCCCUCGUCCUUCGUCUAAGGUCCGGAUGCCGAAAAUUCAGGCAUCGCAAGCAAAAAAUGUUGGGAAUAGUCCAGAAAGAACUAUGCCGCCACAUUCAGCUCAAGGUGUUUUGUCCCAAAGACGGUCUCGAAUAUUGCUGGCUGAGGACAACAAGGUGAAUGUGAUGGUGGCGCAGUCAAUGAUGCAGCGUCUUGGUCACAAAUUGGAGGUUGUUAGUAAUGGAGCGGAGGCAAUCGAAGCCUUAAAGCGAAAUUCAUAUGAUGUUAUUUUGAUGGACGUCUGUAUGCCGGUUAUGGAUGGACUUGAAGCCACGCGAAGGAUACGUCGUUACGAAGCAACAGGAUCAUGGGAGGACUCGAAAGAAGGGGAGACGAUUAGAAACGCAGAGUCCAGUUCUUUCCAACGUUCUCCGCCUGUGAACUUUACCAGCACACAAUCUCAUAGUCCAAUGCGACAAAGAACUCCUAUUAUUGCGAUGACAGCGAAUGCUCUGACUGAUAACAUGAUGGAGUGUUAUAUGCAUGGAAUGGAUUCCUUCGUGGCGAAGCCUGUGACGUUUAUGAAACUAGAACAGGUGCUGAAGCAAUUCGUACCCUGUCUUGACCGCGGCCAAAGCUCAUCAGAUCAAUCAACUUCGGACAACUCGCGUCCGCUGAGGUAUACUAAUAGCAAAGAUACCCCCACUCUUCAAACAAAUAUGACGGAGUAGGUGUAUGACCGUGCAAAACCUAGCACUUUAAAACUUAAGCUCCAUUUGAAAGCUCUGGAACACAUGGCGUAGCUCUCGAGGACCAGAGUCACGUACAGGAAAUCUUCCAGUGGAUCGUUUGCAAAAUCCUUUGCUCUAUUCCUGGUUUAGAAAACUACACAAAAUACUUCAAGGCAAAGUUCUGUACUCCAGCUGAUCUUCUGCAUGUCUGAGCUGUUCGAGUUAAUACCUUUGAAGAGCCGCCUGUUGGAGUACUUGCGAAAGCGCCGACUGUAUGGUGAUCGUGAACAGGAAUUGGGUACCCCAUUCUUUUGUGAAACCUUUUCACUAGCUCAAGGAGUGAAGUAUCAGCUGCAAUGCGGGCAUUAUUUGUCUAUGUUCAGAUCUAGAGGAUGGUUUCGUCCCUUUGUUGCAACAUUUGCUGGUGCGUGCGUGAUGACGUUCAACAUUUUCCCAGGUCAGGCGACUUGAAGUGUAAAUAUAUUUUUGUACCAUAGAAUUGGAUCCCUCUUCUAAACAUAUUUAAAAAAACGUGAUACUAGCUCUUUUAGCAAGAAAUCGAGGCCUUCGUGAUUUUACGAUUUAUCAUGGACAAGGAAGUCAGAGUUCAAAUGUGAUUUUAUGGGUUGUAUUGCUUUUUUCACAUUGUAAUGUUUUUGUUAUGAUCUAGGAUUAUCACAUCUUUAAGCGUCCGUUUCGUUCACGUAAUUUGCAGUGUACUUGCAAAAAUGUAAGUUUUUGGAUGAGAGUGUAAUAAAGUACAUACAUUGCACCUUUC